AUGGCGCUGUUCAAGGCACACUGGGCUGUGCCCAGCUUAAUGAUCAGCGGUCUCCUGUGCGGCGUAGCUUUCGCCCUCGGCCACCACUUCUUCUACGCAUCUCUGGACUCGCGGAUCGUGCAGAGCAACACCGAGCAAGAAUGGAAUAUCCGAAUCGGAACCGGCAUGGCGUUUCUCGUCAAAACAUGCCUGACGGCGGCUGCUGGAUUCGCUUAUACACAGCUCCUCUGGACAACCCUACGAUCCCGCCAUGCAACGUUGGAGGGCGUGGACGCCAUGUUUAGUGUGACGACCAGUGCUUGGGAGUUUCUUUCCGUAGAACUCUGGCGAAAGGGAUUUGGAUUGGUGUUAAUGGCCGGAAUACUCUGGGCGUUGCCCAUCAUUGCCGUCUUCACGCCGGCAGCACUUACAGUCCAGCCGUCUCAGCAGCUCAACCGGUCAACACAUAUUGAGCGCUUGCCCACAAUCAACACGACCAGCCCGUAUCCGUUUGCCCAGUGGGGAAACGAAGGUGGCGGCGGAUAUGUAGCCCCUUCGGUGGCCGUCGCCCGGCUGGUGUCGUCUGUCGCUUCUCAGGGGACUAUCCUCCCUAUACAGGCACCGCAUCUCAAUAGUUCAUACGCCUUGAGCUUCUACGGCCCCUCGCUGUCCUGUGGCCCUUUGGGCGGCAAUUCCAGUUUCCAUGCCGCCUAUGACAAGACUUUUACAGAAGCAUAUGGCUCAAACUGGGGAAUGGCUAACCAAGCGGUCACCUACUUCAGCUUCGUCCCUCAGACGGCGCGAGACAACAAGACCGGCGACGACAUAAUCAAUUGGGAGAAUAGAACAUUGAGCGGUUUACGGGCCAUUUUCGGUGGUGAGGACUUGACCGGUACCUUGGCCACGCUUGACAACGCUGCAAUGGGUGGAGAUACCCAAGCUCGUUGCCGGUUUUUCGUUGCAUUUCCGACAUAUGGAACGUUUGCCAAUAGAACGAUAGAAUGCGGACUCUACAAUUCCUCAUACCACGUGGAUCUGAGGUUUGAGAACGGCAGACAGGCAAUCAAGAUUCGCAACUCGACAAGGCUCAACCCUGUGAGUGGUGCCACAACGGCCGGUCAGGGUGACCAUAUUCUUCCUCAGGUUGCCUAUAUAUCGAUCAUGGAUGCAUUAGGCGGCACUCUGAUGGGAAAGAUUAUGGCGACGCGGUAUGGAUCUCUUCAGCCGGUACGAACUCAGGUGCUUUCCACCGUCCUCACGCAAGCCCACGACAUGCAAUACUUGCAGAGAGGCUUCGGGGACACGGGCAUCUUGGGAGCGAAAUCGGGGAGCGGGACCAAUCUUUCCAUGGCAAAGACCCUGGAGCAACUCGUUUCCAACAUUACCUUGAGUCUCUUUAGCAGUCCAGAGCUACUGCGGAGUCUCGACAACAGCACAACGGGAAACGUCACGGUAUGGACUUCUCAGAACGAGUAUUCCUACAAUCCGCGCAAUCUCUACGCAGCAUACGGCACCGGCAUAUUUGCCACGCUUGUAGUAGUCAUCGUUGGACUCGCGUGCAUAGGAGCAUCAUCCAACUCGUACAAAUCGUCCUUCUCAACGAUACUGCGGACGACACGAAGUGAAGAACUCGACCUCCUGGUGCCUCAUGCUGAGACAAGUGGCGCAGAGCCGCUGUCCAAACAUUUAGCCAAGACGAAGCUCAGCUUUCGGCACCACAAUGCGGCGCCAGGUGCCAAUGCGUCCUCGACAAGUGCUGCAGCGGCAGGAUUUGUGGUUGUCAAGGGGGGGCGGCCGGCUUAUGAGCAGUUGGGCCAGAUACAGGAUGAUUCUACUCUUCAAGUGACCGAGACGGUUUCCAGUCGCGAUUUGAGGACUCCUGGUCGUCAAGAAUAG